CGUAGAACGAUUGAGAGGAAAAAGAAUUGCAUUGCCGUACCGGUACUCGUACGUAUCGUACUCGUGCCGAUUCCCACACAAACUUAAAAUCAAGAGUUACAGACAGAUCCCAUGGAACACGGAAUGAACAGAUUCCGUUCAGUUCGUAAAAACCGAUAGCUACGAUACUCCAUCACUCUUACGCUUCAAUUAGUUCGAUAUAAAGAUAACCAUGAAGAAAAAGGACAAAUCCUCCACCAAUAAAAUCAGCAAUAAUGUGACGGUUGGAACACUUGCAGAUGCCCAAAAGCCAGACAUGCAAAAGUGGGAAACAGGACGUGGAGCACUAGGGAAAGGUUCCCCGAAAGAUCGCUAUGUUUACUGUGAUUUCGCCCAGAUAAAAGAGGAAGAAUACGAUGUGGAUUAUGAGAUCGAUCAAGAGGGUCUCCUACAAGCUCUCGACGAAUCCACCACUAUGGCGGCGGCUCAAUCUGCACAGCACCAGUCAAUUUCGUAUUUGCAACAACCGCCCCCUGUCUUGCGCGCAUCGGGAUGGGUUCGUUCACAACGGUUCCCGACCAAAUUAUAUGCUUUAUUGUCUCAGCCACAGUUAUCGAACAUAAUCACAUGGAUGCCUCACGGUCGCAGCUGGAAGGUCCUCGAGACCCGCAUCUUUGAGACAUCUGUUUUGCCAGGUAAGACAUUGAAAAAACACCAACCAAAGCAAAAGUGAAAAUCCAUUGCAUUUAUUCGCACUUUCUCAUAUCAUCUAGUAUGGAUACGCCUACCAUAAUGCGCUGGUCUCUUCCUCUCUCCAUUCCUUUCGCACUUCUGAUACCCACCUUUUCAUGCGACAACACAGUCUUCUUUGAAAGCGAUAAUUAUCAUUCUUUCAACCGUGUCAUCAAUGCAUGGAGUUUUCGACGCAAAUCGUCUGGACCAGAUCGCGGAUCCUACUUUCACGAACUGUUCCUAAGAGGAAAACCUCAUUUGCAAAAAUACAUGCGUCGGCUGCCAAGAACCCACAAGAAGUUGGCCAUGUCAAAAUCUGAGGAGCCUGAUUUCUUUGAACUCGAGAAGACAAGUCCUCUGCCUACUCUCGACCAAGCUCGAGCUAGUUUGGAAUCACGCAAGUAUUUAAGACUUCGAGACCACUUUGAUAAAGAAACAGUUGUUCAAGGUGGAAUGGCCGAUCAUAGUAGAUCUCAGCUUCCUGCUCCUCCCCUCGAUAAGAAUGGUAACGACCAGGCAAAACGACAAGGUUCAGAGCAACAUGAUGCAGCUGCGCUCCAAUGUAGGACGAUGCUAGCGACGAAAGGUGCGCCACCAAAAGGUACUGGAACACUUAACAAUGUAGACCAAUUUACCCUUGGCGUUCAACAUAAUGUUAAUGCUCGAAAUGGCUUGAAGGUGCCCGAGUCGCUCUUUCGGCUCAACCACCAAGACAAGCAGCUAAAAGAUCAACUCGAGUUGCAAUCCCGCAUCACUGGGCAACACCAACAGGUUACCAUAAGGCAGCAGCAAGAACAGCAAAUGAUCGCUAGGCAUCACAGAGCUCAAAUCUUACAUCAAUUUGAACAGGAACAAUACCUUCGAGCACAGAGCGUACACAAAGCAGAGCUGACCCAGCAACAAAGUCAAAUGAAUUUGUUGCGUCAAAUGGAUCUUUUGCAACAGCAACAUCAUCAAAGAAAUGGAUUUUGAAGAUUUCGAUUCAAUGUAUUUCCAAUACAUUUCUGUUUCAUCAGUGUUCAAGGGGUGACUUCCAUUCGAUCGGAUAGGACAUUUCAUUAUUGAUAUCACUACUACUCGAAAUUGUACUGUAAAUUGUUCACA